UGGAUAUAUUUGUUUACCAGCUGUUAUCUGUUUUGUUUCUAUAUAUUUUUUAGUUUUAGUUAUUUCUAUGCAAAUUCAGAAUUGCAAAAAGAAGUAAGCGUCUAAAUUGUAUUUCAUUGCAUAAAUCAGAACAAAAUUUAUUUGAAGCGAUGGAUAUUUAAUCGAUUUUGGGAUCAACAUCAAUUUUUAGCUAGUAAGACUAGGCAAAUAUGCUGCUCCGUUUUAAUUCAGUUAUUGUUAAAAGUAAACAUCAGCUGCCACCUUUAACUUGGUCAUAUAUUUUAUUGCGGGACAUAAGUACCGAAUUGACAAACGCCUUGCGACCAUUUUACUUUGCGGUGCACCCUGAUUUCUUUGGUCAGCAUCCAAUACAGAGGAAUGUCAAUGAGAACUCUUUGAAGCUUUUAAGUGCGCAUAUGGAAUCUUUAUAUGAGCGGAAGUAUCAAUCAUUGUACGAAACUAAAACAUUACAGUUCUACAUACGAGAUGGAAAUGCCAGUUCGCGAGAUACCUUCAAAUUAAUCAAGGUAACACUGGACCGAAGUACAAACGAUCCAAAGUUGGUAGUACAACGUUUGUUGGAAUUAUGCAACCUUCCUACGGAUUAUGUUAAAUCUAUUAAAUCAAUGCCUGUGACGGCAGCCACGAGUGCAACAGCAACAGCUGCGGGUUUCGCGAAUGCCGCAAGUUCUUUUAAAGUCGGAACCGAUUACAACUACGGAUCUCAGUUCUCGGCCUUCGAAAGUGCUUUUUAUAAUACAAAGAAAGAGCAAAAGAAAACACUGGAUUCUUGGUUAAAAAAGAAUGCACCAUUGGCAAAAUUGCGCACUGCUGAGUUGGAUGACUUAAAAGAGGAGGUAAAAAAGUUGCAACAAGCAGUAACGAAGCGUUUGGAUCUGAGAGAUAUUCGUUAUGACUGCGGUUGGAAUUAUGAACAUUUUCGGGGGUGCCUGAAAUCCUUGGAACGCAUGACAGAUCUGCAUGGUGACGAUAUGGGUGCGCUGAAAAAUCGUAUUCUAGUUUUUGCGCCGUUCACUGGUGUUAGCUUAGAAGGGCACAUUAUGUUAUUUACUGGGGAUGUGCUGACAAGUUGGAUUGAUUUCAUAAAGAACAUUCCAAAACACGACGAGUUUUUAAAAAGAGUCCCCUUCUAUGAGAAUACACUGUCGCAGGUACUGCGCAACAUAAAAAUUGGGCGUAGGAAGUUUAUGCCUAAACAACAAGCGCGCGAAUAUGCGGCACAUUUGAUAAAAGUGACAACGACACUUGGUGAUUACCUUACUGUAAACAAGUUUCCAAAGUCCUGGCCACCCACGCUGGAAAACUAUGAAAUAGUCAUUGAAUCGGAGGCUGGUCCGUUAAUGGUGAAUCCUACAGGUCAGCUAAUAGCACCAGCAACAUGCCCCGGGUUCAUGUUAAUCGAUUUCAUUACCGCCAACUUGGAUAUAGCCAAAGAACGUACAGAAAAAUAUCAAACACAAAAGACAAUAGAGCGGAAAUUAAACGCGCAAUGUAUACAGCAGUUGCGAUUACAGACCUUGACCAAAGAUGACUCCGUAACACCUGACAAAAUGAUAGAAACAAUGAAUAAACUACUAACAUAUAAAGAUAUACGCUUCCGGGAAUUGAAUCUGCACAUAACGAACUAUUACUCUGUACUGACGGAUGGGAUUGUUUGCAUACCCUGGGACUUUGAACCAAGGUAGCAUACGAAUUUUGCGUAAUGAAGAGGUAGAAAAUAUUUAAUAUUUUCUAUAGUGAUUAUUAGCUCUUGCAAAUAGUAUAUAAUACAUCCAUGUUUUUUCAAUAUACAUAUACUUUUUGUAAUUCUAGAAUACGACGACUACGCCCAAAUAAAAACAAAAAUAUUAGUAUAAGUAA